UUCCCUCGAUAAAUACGUAAAAAUACAAUUUUUUUUUGCGCCUCCUCGUCGUCGUCGUCCUCUUCGAUCUCUCCUCCCAUUUCCACGCUCCUGAGAGGGAGGGGGAGGGAGGCGGCGGGGCAAAACACCGGCCUUUUGGGGGCAGCAUGCGGAGGAGGAGCUAGGUGUGUGCCGCCUCGGGGGGGCCCCACGCCAUGCAGUCCGGGCCGGCGGCUGUGGAGGCGAAGAAGGAGGAGGUGGAGGAGGAGGUGGUGGUGGAGGAGGAUGAGGAGGAGGAGGGAUGCGGAAAAGAGGAGGAGGAGGAUGAGGAGGAGGAGGAAGGGGGCGGGAGGCGGCAGCGGCAGCAGCAGCAGCGGCGACGGCGGCGGCGGCGGCGCGGGGCGGCCAGCGAGGUGGUGAUGGUGAAGCGGGAGCUGCUCGCCCGCUGCAUGACGUGCCCGCUCUGUCACCGCAUCCUCCGCGAGGCCACCACCGUCUCCGAGUGCCUCCACACCUUUUGUAGAAAGUGUAUCUAUAAGAAGCUUAAUGAUGAAGAGCUAGAACAUUGCCCUGUCUGCAAAAUUGAUCUUGGCUGUGCUCCACUUGAAAAGCUUAGGGCUGAUCACAACAUACAAGAUGUGAGGUCAAAAAUAUUUCCAUUGAAAAGAAAGAAGAUUAAUACUGAAGGAAUUGAAUCUCCUAUUGUGCUGCCUGCUAAAAGGAAAGAGAGGUCUAUCUCUUCAUUGGUGGUCAAUACACCUGAAAUAACACCAAAGAGUUUGACAGGACGCCGAACAAGGGCAGCUACCAGGAAGUCUGCUGCCGCAUUACGCGACCUUGGUCCUAUCAUUCCUCCUGUCAAAAAGGAUAGCGAUAACAGCAACAAGAAUGCUGAUAAUUCAAGCUUGCUAGACAGCUUGAGCAAAGUACCUCAAACAAGAAGACAGCUAUUAUCAAAUGCAGAAACAUCAAGUCAUCCCUCUAAUAAAGAUAAAGGAGGUGACAAUAAGGACUUCGACAAGUCAGAGCUCUGGAGACCUUUAAAUUGUCUUGUAGAAGCUGCAAGCAAAACAAAGUCCUUCAGAUCAAGUCCGGCUGCUAGGGGAAAUCAGCCCAACGAAUCUGCUAGUAGUGCAAAUGCUAGCAGAACUAAGGCUAAGGAAUAUCUGCUGAAGCCCAAAGUUCAAGAUGAGAAGAAAGAGAUUCCUGUCACAACAGUGCCAUUUAAAAGGAAAGGACCUGGCCGGGGGAGGAAACCUGCACAACCUCCAGCCACUGCAGUGCCUAGUUCUGCAGUUAGCAAGAAUGAUAAAUUAUCAACCCCUGUAUGGUUUUCAUUGAUUGCAUCAUUUGACCAGAAAGGAGCUCCACCCUUGCCGCAGAUACCUACCCACUAUUUGAGAAUAAAAGAUGACAAUAUGCCUGCAUCAUCCAUCCAAAAGUAUAUCAUGCAGAAGCUCAGUCUUCCAAGUGAGACUGAGGUUGAAAUAAGCUGCUGUGGGCAGCCAGUGAAUCCCAUUCAACCCCUGCGUAAUUUAAUAGAGCGGUGGCUAAGGUUCGGCCCAGCUCGCCCCUUGCAGACGGUGGUAGGCUCUGCAGGUGGAGACUAUGUGAUGGUCAUAUCUUACGGCCGACCGAAGUCUGCAUAGUCUUGAAACAAACCAUGUUCGAGUUGGCGACGAUCACCCGAUCCAGCACAAGGUCAUGGCGAUCCGCCUCCCGUGAGCUUGUCGCCGGUUCACCAUGUUGACAUAUACUCAAGAAAGUGGCUGGCUCACUCUACACUUCUGCAGUCGGUCAGCCAGCCCACUGUGCCAUACUCAAAAGCUCCCUCAUAUCUCCCAUUGAUGCUGUUGAAUGCUGCUCCAUUCUGUCAGGAUUUGUUAGUUCUUUUAAUUCUUGAUAUACAGGUAAAAGUCUCUGUAAUUUGGUAGGCGUUUAGGUUGGUCAAAAGAGAGACACAUAAGUUUUUAGCUGUACUUCCCUCGGAAGGGAUGAAAUGGCUGCAGUUUUAGUGGACUGUGGCUUUACUGGCUUUAACCUUCUACUGCCAUUUGUAUCCUGGAUUAAAGCUAAACUGCUCUGCUACCAGACUGUGAUUGCUUCCAAAUCUUAAGGUAGCUUUGGCUGAUUUAGUCGUUUCUGUAACACUAGUUAAAUACCCGUGCUUUGCUACA